AUGUCGAACGUCAGCUUGUCCACGCUCUCUCGCGAUACGAUCUCAAAUCUAUCCUCUCUUUUCACCGAACUGCAAGCCGCCAUCAAUCACCUGGGAGUACACCUAGGCGAGCACCACGACAAUCUAGCAGCACUACAAACUUCCAUCAACCAACUUGAGCGUCGAUUGGAUGACGGCUUCCCCUCCGAGAACGCCGUCAAGGCUGUGCAGCUUCAGGUUGAAAGCUACGUCGAGGCAUUUCAAAAGGCUAGGACGGAUCUCACCAGUCUGAGUACCUCGAUGAAUCACCAGCUCAAUCGGUCUCACAGCCUGAAAGAAGAAGUGGAAGGCCUGAAGUCGGCCAUUCGUACUGCUGGCUCCAACUACGACGACAAGUUUGACGACGCGAUUGGUCGCAUCGCGAAGCUAGAACAGAGCCUCAGCACUGUGCAAGCGAACGGCGAAGAGUUUCGAAAGCAUCUCAGCACGCAGCAGCUCGCAUCGCAAGAGCUUCUUCCAAAGGCAGCAGUCGCCUUCGACAAGCUCAGCGCCUUGUCAAAGCGCGUCGACGCCCAAGACAUCCUCCUGCAGUACACGCAGAAGAAGCAGGAGUCCCAAGAGAAGGAGAUCAGCAGCAUCUUGGAGCAACAGGACGACAGUAAGGAGCGGCUUGCCCGCCACAAGAAGCACAUAACGGAGCUUCAGCACGGCAACGGAUGGCUGAAGGACCGCGUCAGGAAGCUGGAGGCUCCGGCCAGCAAGAAGGACACCAGCACCAGCCCUACCAAGCGGGCAGCCAGUCCCAAACCCACCACGCCAGAGAAGCGCCGCGAUCUGGGCGAAACCAACCAUGCCGCGACAUCUGCGUCACCCGCACAGCCCGCGCCCCCAGCAGCCUCCACUCCCACCAAGCCUCCGCGCCAACAGCCCGAAGCCGCCGCUCCGCCCACCGCGCAAACCCACAACCAGGUGCCAACGCCGCAGAAAGCCACGACCGACACGCGCACCCCUCCCAAGCAACCGCCCCCACACCCCGCAGCACCACUCGAGCCAGCCGCGCAUUCCUACGGCCAAGCGCCAACGCCAGAGAAGCACCCAAGGCCAACGGACAGCAGCACCUGGUACCGAGCGCAAAGCGUGCAGCCCCAGCUACAGCGGUCGCUUGCGGACAACUACACCGCUUCGCCAGCGUCGCGGCGCGGUUCGUUCUCUGACCACGCGGCGGGAGGGCGGCCGUUUGAGAACGGACGGGGUUUCCGGCCUGCGCAUCAGAGCCAGGAUCCAAGGCUGCAGGGUCGACUGGGAUACAAGCGGAAGAGCGAGGCUGAUGAUGGGGAUGGUGUGUUUGUGGAGCGGAAGAGGGAGAGGCCUGACCCUUUCGGGAGGAGAUGA